CGAAAACUUCGACGAUCAAAGAGAAAAAAAUACUGUCGAUGUUCAUUGCUCAGCUUCCGGUUACCUUCUCGGGAUCAAUAACGCCUGACACCGUUUCCACUGCGGCCACUACUAGAUUUGCCACUUAACGAGUCUUGUCACUACGAAACUGGAUUCCAUAGUGUUAAGUAAAUCCAGAAAUAUUCCAUAAGAAUCGAUGUGCAGGUGAUGGAUUACUAUGAAUGUUUGCUAAUGGCCUCACGAAAGUCUUGGUCAAUGGUGAUGAGACAUCCUUCCUCCUCCUAAUUUGUUUUGAAAUGGAUUUUGUUCAACAUGGUUUUCUCUUCCGGGUUGUUUUCGGAUGUUAUUCUGUACAUUCUGGUAACUUUGAUGAAUUUAAUCCCAAGCCUUGGACUACAAUGUUACAACUGCACAACCACGUGGGAAUACGACACAUGCGUACUACAUCCAAACUUAUCCAGAGUGGCCACAUGUGAAUCUAGUCACAACGUAUGCUUGGUUCAACGAAAUGAAACAUUUGGAAAAUUUGACAUUCUCAUCAGGAGAUGCGCAACUUCCUGUGUGCCUCACUGUGGAAUUUGGGGUGACGACAUUGACACUGAACGUUGUUUUUCUUGUUGCAGCACAGACUUGUGUAAUACAGAUAGCACUGCAAAUGCUUUGCACAUAUCGGGGGUGACUUUAAACAUAAUCAAUAUCUUUCUAUUGUUAAAUGUGUGAUUGUUGCUUUUUUUUAAAUUCCACUUCCAUAUCACAGUAGUAUCACGUGUAACAUUGAACUUUAGAGAGGGAUAUAAAAUAUCACGUGACUGGUGAGUAUACCAGUCCUACUGCAUUGUCAUAGGUAAACUGAUUUGACUAACAUUCUGUUCCGUAAUAAAUCAAACUGUUAUCCAAA